GGUAUGCGAUGUCAUAGGCACAGUGCACUUCGUUUGCUUACAGGAAUACAUCGUCAGAAAAAUGAAUUCAUUUUUGGUGGUGUCCUGCUUAUUUGCGUUCAGCGCGGUUGCAGUAGCCAAUCCGCCUGCUCUUCUCUCCUACGCCGAAGUUGGGAGCAUUCCAAACUCCAAUUAUGAAUUUAAUUACGCGGUAAAUGAUCCAUCAACCGGAGAUAACAAAGCCCAGUGGGAAACUCGCGACGGCGAUAUAGUUCGAGGAGCCUACUCAUUGGUGGAGCCCGAUGGCAACGUGAGGAUCGUGGAGUACACCGCGGACCCAGUCCGGGGCUUCAAUGCUGUCGUUAAGAGGACGGGACCGAAUGUACAUUCUGUGUCAGUGCCCGUAGCAUCGCAUAUAGCCAUCUCUAAACCGAUCGUUGAGCAUGUCGCUCCUGUCCAACAAGUACCAGUUGCGAAUUACGAACCCAUUGAAGACAUCGCUCCGAUCGAUCAUUCGGCUUACGGGCCAAUUGAUGACUACGGUCAUGACGAGCAAAUCGGUCACAUUGACAAUUACGGUCCAUUAGUUGACAUCGCACCUAUAGCCACGCCAAUAGUUGAAUCAGAACCGAUUAUUGCACCAAUCAAGAACUAUGACUACUAUCCGCUUCCGGCCGCUCCGUGGGUGUCACUCAGCGGUUCAAGUUACGGUUCUAAGGGUAACAUAGUCCGCAGAUCGGCCGCUGGUCCGAUUUCAUUAGAUGGAAAAACGCUUACAAUCAAAACUAAGAACUGAGCUAGAUUAAGUUGUAAUUAAAAUUAGCUAUAAUAUUAUGCUAUAAAGACUUCUAUGUGUAUAGGUAACCUUUUCAAGUUACUCACGGCGCUAGUGUAUUCUUGCAUACAUGAAUGUUAAAUGCAAUAAUACACGUAGGUCAUUAGAAGUUAAGCUGACUGAUUGUAUCUCCGUAGCAAUGAAGUGUACCUGAUUUUUUGUACUUUUGCCACUGUAAAUAAAUAAUUUCAUUUAAGAAAUUAAAUAUUUUUUU